CGGGGCGCAGAGCAUCGCUCGGGGUCGGCGGUGCCGCCGGCUCUGUCCCUGCUCUCGCGUCUCCCUCACCGCCCGCCGCCCCUUCCCGCCUCUUCCCUUUCCUCCCCUCCUCUCCUCUCCCGCGGCCAUGUCGUCGCCGUCGUCCGGGGAGCGGUACGAGGAGGAAGAGGAGGAGGAGGAGGACGGCGCCUACGAGAGCCAGGCCAAGCGGCUGAAGCCCAGCGCCGCCGCCGAGGAGGGCGAGAUCGAGUACAGCGGCGCGGAGGAGAGCGAGGGCCGGCGGGAUAAGCCCCCCGCGCCGCGCGGCGGCAGCGGCUUCUCGGGCGGGGAUGCCGGGGGAAGUCAUCACAAAGUCUCUGUUUCUCCUGUCGUCCAUGUCCGAGGGCUGUGUGAAUCAGUUGUGGAAGCAGAUCUCGUGGAAGCUCUUGAAAAGUUUGGAACCAUAUGCUACGUCAUGAUGAUGCCAUUUAAACGCCAGGCUCUGGUGGAGUUUGAAAACGUAGAAAGUGCAAAGAAAUGUGUAACAUUUGCAGCAGAUGAACCUGUGUAUAUUGCUGGGCAGCAGGCCUUCUUCAACUACUCCACAAGUAAGAGGAUUACUCGGCCAGGGAACACUGAUGACCCAUCUGGUGGAAAUAAAGUUCUCCUGUUGUCAAUUCAGAAUCCUCUCUACCCAAUUACAGUGGAUGUUUUGUAUACAGUGUGCAACCCUGUUGGAAAGGUUCAGCGCAUUGUUAUAUUCAAGAGAAAUGGAAUACAAGCCAUGGUUGAGUUUGAAUCAGUGUUUUGUGCCCAGAAGGCGAAGGCUGCACUCAAUGGAGCAGAUAUCUAUGCAGGAUGCUGCACACUAAAAAUUGAAUAUGCAAGGCCAACUCGACUUAAUGUCAUUAGAAACGACAACGAUAGUUGGGACUACACUAAGCCAUAUCUGGGCCGACGAGACAGAGGGAAGGGCCGGCAGAGGCAAGCUAUUUUGGGAGAGCACCCAUCAUCCUUUAGACAUGAUGGUUAUGGAUCACAUGGUCCUUUGUUGCCCUUGCCAAGCCGGUACCGAAUGGGAUCUCGGGACACUCCAGAACUUGUUGCUUAUCCAUUGCCCCAGGCAUCCUCUUCUUACAUGCAUGGUGGAAAUCCUUCUGGGUCGGUUGUCAUGGUCAGUGGGUUGCAUCAGCUCAAGAUGAACUGUUCAAGGGUAUUCAACCUGUUCUGCUUGUAUGGAAACAUUGAGAAGGUGAAAUUUAUGAAGACUAUUCCAGGCACAGCACUGGUGGAAAUGGGUGAUGAGUAUGCUGUAGAAAGAGCAGUCACACAUCUCAAUAACGUCAAGUUGUUUGGAAAGAGACUUAAUGUCUGUGUUUCCAAGCAGCAUUCAGUAGUUCCAAGCCAGAUAUUUGAACUAGAGGAUGGCACGAGUAGUUACAAGGAUUUUGCAAUGAGUAAGAACAAUCGCUUCACCAGCGCUGGCCAGGCAUCUAAGAACAUCAUCCAACCACCCUCCUGUGUGCUGCAUUAUUAUAAUGUUCCCCUGUGUGUAACUGAAGAAACAUUUGUAAAGUUAUGUGAGGAUCAUGAAGUUCUCAGCUUUAUUAAAUACAAAGUGUUUGAUCCAAAACCUUCUGCCAAAACAUUGUCUGGUCUGUUGGAAUGGGAAUGUAAGACGGAUGCAGUGGAAGCUCUCACUGUACUUAAUCACUACCAGAUAAGAGUCCCAAAUGGCUCCAACCCGUAUACCUUGAAGCUUUGCUUCUCUACUUCAUCCCAUUUAUAGAGAAGAGGACAGCAUGUUAAGAGCUACGUUCACCUCGAUUUGCAAGUUUAAAACUACACUUCGUUCACAAAGCUCUAAAGUGGUUGUUCUAAUGUUGCCUUGUUUCAACUUAAUUCUAAUAUCUUUUAUCUUGUUUUAUAAUAAAUGGAUGUUCCUUCAUAAAUACAAACCAGAUUUUUUUCUUUUUGCCUCUGAGAAGUACAUGUUGUAAGCUUACUACAAAGUUUGUAUUUUGUUAGUGUAGUAUUUUCAAAUGUCUAAAGAAGCAUCAGUAGUAUAACCAAGAUUGUUUCUUUUAAAAAUCGAAAUAUAUUUGCAUUUUCAAAAUGUUAAAGAUUAGCAAGUAUUUUUCCAUUUUUAAUCUUAAUUGGCAGAUAGAACUAUUACAUCAGAAUUUUAAAUGUAGGACUUGUUUUUCAGUAUGUUAAGUAGUGAAGUAUGUUGCAAUACUAAAAAGCUUGUAUUUAUAAAAUGCUUUGAUCGGGUUAAUGUUGCACAUACUGAACUUUUAGUAGUAUAGACUUGAUUUAUAUUUCAAACAAAGCUGACAUAGAAAAUUUUAAAGUAUGUACACAUGUAUGGUAUGAUUCAUACUUAUUUAAAGUGGUUUUGUUUGGUUUUUUUUUUUAACUAUUUUCCAUUUGCAUUAGCAUGAUGCCAUCUAUAGCUAGUUCCACCGUAGGGGCCUUUUAAAAAUUAAAGUUACAAGCCUGUAUCAGUGUGUUCAUCCUCAUUUUCCAUAUUUAAACUUGAAUCUUUGGUGUUU